CGACAUUAUACGACGACGGGCUGUAAUAGUGGAGACCGCAUAGCAUACUACCCGUACUACCUAUCUAUCCCGCAUCCAAACACCCUCAUUUAUCUCCUGCAGUGCUUGUUUCCGCCCACUCCCGCACUACACACAACUCGCACCCCAAAAACCUCCCAAACAUCAUCCCAUCAGUCAAAAGCAUUAGGCUACAUCACCCCACACAAGAUACCUACACCACAUCCUCAGUUCAUUGACCCUACUCCUACCCCACCCCUCACAAUCUCCAUCGAGAAGACUGAAUAUAAUAAAUGGUAUAUACUUUUCCAUUUCCCUUCAUACCUUAUAUAUACCCCUUCCUCCCGACGCCGAACGCGCCAGUGUACGUAGUGUGCUUAGUACCGGCAUCCCCGACGGAAACCACCAUAGACAAGACACCCCUGCCGGUGAGAAACCCCACGAAUGCCUUGGAGAGAAAAAGGAAAGAGAGAGACAGAGGCCGUCACAUUAGCAAAACCCCCGCUCCAACGAAUAAAGCGGGGAGUCGUGACCUCAAGGGUAUCUAUCGCCCAAACCAGGUAGUUAAGCAAAUCAUGUAUGUCCCCAUCCAGAAGAACCACACGCGCCAUGGCAUUCAUCCAUCUAUCCAUCCAUCCAUUCCCGCUUGCCUAAACGCCAGGUUCAUUCGUGAAUCAUUCCAUGUGAAUGGGACGGGGGAGAAAGCAUAUACGAUAUGCCAGUCCGAAGAAAUCGCAUGUACUGUUGUAAGAGGAAGAAGAAUAGAUGCAGUGGUAUGCCGCUAAUAGAAAUACAGAAAAGAGACACCAUUCAACCGAGUAUGA